UGUGCCUGUUAUGUUUGGAAAGUGUAAACCUGAAGACAUAAUAAUAUUGAUCGUUCGCUUGUAAAAAUUUUAUUGUGUGGUUUUCUUUGUAAAUACAGUAUGUUCACCUGUGAUCGAAUUAAUUAGUCAAGUAAAUGUUUUAUUCUAAAAUGCAUGCCUGAUUGUAAUAAUAAAGAUAGUAUUAACUCAUAGGCCCUUUAAAGAAAUGGAUGACCAAGCAGCAACCAAUCAACAACACUUGGAACAAAACAAUAAUGUAGUCAGUCAGAAUGACGGCGCCGUUGGUGGCGGAUUAGAACCCUUGCCGGGGGAUGAAAAUUUUUCUCCAUUGUCUGAGUCAGAUAUCUGUAACUACUGGUCAGAAGAGGAAUUCGAUCGGGACCCUCAUAGAGCUUUAUUUUACGAUGCGUAUCGCUCUACAACGGCCUCCCCCGACCUUGACGAUGACGAAGUCGAAGCCGAGCGGCCCGGAGAAAAGAAGCCACUAUCUCUGAUGGAUGACUAUGAACUGUGGGACUACAUGGACGAAGAGACGCUCAAGAAGCGACUGAAAAAUCAUCCGGAGCUGCUGGAACAAAUCACUAGAAAGCGGAAACGAAUGGCGGAACUUGAAGAAAAUGAUGGCGAUGAUGACGACCUGUGCGCUGUCAUGCAACGCAGUGCAAAAGUGUCCAAAUAUAGCGAGCACACGACAGUUUGCUAGUGUUAGUCUGUUUCAGGUUUCAUUUUAUAAUUUUAUUUUAUUUUUUACACCUGAUUGUGGCUACCCUAAUAUAUUAGAUAUUAUAUAUUUAAGUCGUUAUUCUUUCGAAUCUGUAACUAUUCGUGAAUGUAAAUAUAUU